GUCUCACGUGGCCUCUGGUCUCAACAUAAAGCAGAAGGCAUGGCCUUCGAGAUUACGUGCUGGCAGGAAGCUCCCAAUCUAAAAGAGAGCGACGUUCCAGGCAUAGUUUUUCUAGGAGGCGUUGACGAAGUGCGUGCAAAGAGCAUGGCGGGUUUAGAACUUUUGUCUGAUGAAGACUAUCGAUUGGACGGCCGAAAGCCUUUUGAACAGAGAAAGAUAGCAUGCAGGUUAGGUGUGUUUACUCAAGCUGACGGAUCAGCCUACAUCGAGCAAGGUAAUGCCAAAGUACUUGCCGCAGUUUACGGGCCCCACGAACCGCGAGGCAGUCGUUCCCGCUCUUUCCACGACCGUGUGUUAGUCAACUGUCAGUUCAGCAUGGCCACAUUCAGUACUUUGGAGCGAAAGCGUCGUCCCCGAGGUGAUAAGAAGUCGCAGGAAAUGACCCUACACAUCCAGCAAGCCUUUGAAGCUCCAAUUCUGACCCAACUGUACCCUCGUUCGCAAAUAGACAUCUUCGUGGAAGUGCUGCAGUCGGACGGAGGCACGUUGAGUGUUUGCAUCAAUGCCGCUACUCUAGCGCUAAUCGAUGCUGGUAUUACACUGAAAGACUAGUGUUCCCCCCUUGUUGACAUAAGCCAUCUAGAAGAGUACUUGCGUGGACCCGAGCUUACAGUGGCUGUGCUUCCGAUGUCGCAGCAGAUGGUUCUGCUUGAAAUGACUUCUCGUGUUCACGUGGAUAACUUGCAGGGCAAGAAAAUGCUGGACGCGGCAGUGAAAGGUUGCAUCGACGUGCACGCAAUACUUGACAGUCAAGUCAAGGAACACACAGCUCUAGUCGGUUCGUGCAUUGGUUGGGAAUAAAGUU